AAGUGAUCCGCUCGAACGCGCCCAUUAUCACCCCAUUUCCUGUCCGACGGAAUCAAGUAUUUCCGCUGUAUUCGAUUGACAGACAGUUUAGUCUUCCGCAUAAUAUGCCAAAGACAGCAGGGUCUAAGAAGAACACGACAGGUAGCUACAAUUAAAGCUGAGGCAGGGAUGCAUCUGACAUCCAUCCGCAGUGAUCGUCACUGGAUGUGAUAAGUAGGCGGGCCUGCUUCUGACCAGUCGACUGGGCCAAUAUCUGCAAGCAGCAGGUGUGGGCACACCCCUUGAGUGGUGGGCGUUGCCAAAGCUCCUCGGCCUUUACUGUCAUUGGCUGUGACUGGAGGUGCAACCAAGUAGCUGACUGACGCUUCAUUAGUGGGUGGACCCAGUCCAGAGUGAAAGGCGUGGCCAGUUAUGGAGAGCAGAAGCGGUAGCAGUGUGGACUCGAGAGCCACCCUUAGGGGCAUAAACACCACACCUCUCUUGGCCCGCAUAGAGUCUUAUGAGGCGAGCGAGAAGAAGUGCAUCUCCGAUGUCAGGAGGACAUUCUGCCUCUUUGUCACCUUCGACCUCCUCUUCAUCACCUUGCUCUGGAUCAUUGAGCUCAAUGUGAAUGGAGGAAUCGAGACGCGGCUCGAUAAGGAGGUCUUACACUAUGACUACCAUGCCUCAUUCUUCGACAUAUUUCUCCUGGCUGUGUUACGGUUUGCAGCCCUAAUCUUGGCCUAUGCUGUUUGUAAACUGCGUCACUGGUGGGCCAUAGCGAUAACCACAGCAACCACAAGUGCUUUCCUGAUCGCAAAAGUCAUUUUAUCAAAGCUCCUUUCCCAGGGAGCCUUUGGGUACCUGCUGCCCAUCAUCUCUUUCAUCCUGGCCUGGAUAGAGACGUGGCUACUAGACUUUAAGGUUCUACCUCAGGAGGCUGACGAUGAGAACAGAUUUCUUUCUAUAAUGGACGCCCCUGAAAGGACCCCCUUCGUGCAACCAGGACCACUUUCAGAUGGGCAGUUCUACUCCCCACCCGAGUCUGUGGCAGACUCUGAUGAGGAGCUGUUGGAAGAUAAACAUGACCCGGAGAAGGCUCUUAUUUAGCAGAACGGCAUCUCGGAACGCACAACUCGCCGGUCCUUGUCACGGAUGGGCUGUUGCAGCAGAUGACCACACCAGGUUCCACUCCUAUCAGCUGAAAACCAUAAUCUGCCAUAGUGGGCAUGCGAUCACCAACACUGGACAAUUGAGUGGAAAAACAUUGCCUGGUUUGACAAGUUCCUGUUUCAUGUUGAGUCAGGAUUUGGCGUAAGCAACAUAAAUCCAUAACCCCAUUAAGCCUGGUGUCAACGGUACAUGCUGCUGGCAGUGGUAUAAUGGUGUUGGGAAUGUUUUUCUGGCACAUGUUAGGUCCCUUGAUACCAAUUGAGCAAUGUGUCCAUGCCCUGAAGAAUUCAGGCUAUUCUGGAGGAAAAGGGUUUUUUGACCUGGUACUAGAUGGGUGUACUUAAUAAACUGGCUGCUGAGUGUAUGUGUAAAUAUAAAAUCAUCAAAAUGUCAUUUUGUGAAUGUUGACAUGAAAAUACUUCCAUAAUACAUUUCUGGUUUGAUUAAUUAUGUAGGUCAUAAUAUAAUUGGUGUUUGUUUGCUUAUAAUAUGCUUUGUUUUGUUUUUGAGAAGUACCAGUGGUCAUCCUGGGAGGUGAAACCCAUUUGAAGAUUCACAACCCUGAGUGACUGCGUCUAAAGUUACGCAAGUGCUCACAGCAGCUGCCCCAUCUAACCACGGGGAAGACUUACGACCACUGCAUGUUCUUUAUUCCUCCAAUGAGAGCUCUGUAUUCCUCAGCCUGUCACCCUCUACACACCUGCUUCAUGUCCCGUCGCCUCUUCACUCAAGCUUCCAAACAAUUAUUUUUAAGAACUGAGUGCAUACUGUUUUGUUUUUGUUGCCAGAUAUAAGUUCCUGAUGUGCUUAUUCUUGUACCUCUUGCUGAUAUGGUUAGAAGCUUCAAAAUCAGUUCAGAUUUGAAGACUGAGAAGUCCGCAUGGGCAGUGUGUGCCAAUUUCAAGUGUGGCUAUAGGGCUGUUGAGCUCUAAGGAUGGCACUUGAAUAUAAAUAGAUUACUCAGAUUUUGUUUUUAUUGAUAUUAAGCAAACUCCUUCGGACAGCUGUCAAGGGGGGAAAUAUAGACUACAUAACCAACACAGCUGUGCCUGCAUAUGUCACGACUUCAGUUGGUAAUUAUAUAUGUCUGAAUGCAUGACUUUGGGAACUCAAUGACAAUGUUUUUUGAUUUCUUCUUAUGACUACCCUCUCUUCAUCAUAGGAAAGGAAGAAAUUGUAUACAGCACAUGUUUUUAAUCACUGGAAAGUGUUAUACCGUUUGUUUUCUCAACUGACCAUUUGGAAGUAGAAGGGCAUUAGUAGAAGGGCCCGGAAGCUUCUUAGUAAACUUUCCACUUGGCUUUGCAAAAUGUAUCAACACAUUUAAAAAAAUGUCAAGGGGGGAAAUACAGAAUACAUUUCCCAUGAAUUCAUAUUAGAGUUCAACACUGGUAUCUUUUACACCACCUGGAAGUUUCAUACUUUUAAUCAAAAUAUCUGCAUGGUAUGUUUUCAAAGUGAACCGUCCCAAAGCUUUUUAUGCAGAAGCAGACUAAUGGAGUUUGUGCUCUUAUCAUGGUGAAUGCACAAACAAACAGCUAACACAGAGGGAACCGUUUAAUGUAGUUAACAUACAGAAGUUGUGUUAGCAUGAAUUAAUAUAACUCCCACCACAAUUUCCAUUCACCAUGACAAGACUAUGAAAAUGGCAAUAAAACAUGCUUCCUCGGACUAUUACAGAUCCCAGUUGUGUGUACAUAUCACCAUGGAAAUAACAUGGGUAGGAUGUAGAUUGUACACUGAAAUGUAUAUUUGAUAACCUUUUAUUAGGUUAACCUCUGAAAAUGAAUGUGUGUUGGCAUGUAAUGCUCUUAACUUGCAUUCAUAAUUAGUGUAUGCUGAUGCAUGGACCUGUAAUCAAGAAUUUCAAUGCGAUCAGUGGUAGAUCCGCGUAAUAGUGUGCUUAACAUUAUAAAGUGAUUUCCGAUUGAGCCUGAAAUACAGUUUACAGCACUUACCGUGCGUGAUUGCAGUUUCCGUGAACAUGGGAACAUUGGCUUUUUAUAAAAGGUGCAUACUGUAGACAACAAAGCGCAAUCGGAUUGAAUACCCACUAAAGAGAGUAUAGUCUUCACUUUUAUUUUUUAUUUAACUUUUAUUUAACUUGGCAAGUCAGUUAAGAACAAAUUCUUAUUUGCAAUGACUGCCUACCCCGGCCUAACCCGGACGACGCUGGGCCAAUUGUGCGCCGCCCUAUGGAACUCCCAAUCACGACCUGUUAUGAUACAGCUUGGAAUCAAACCAGGGUCUGUAGUGGCAGCUCUAGCACUGAGACCGCUGCGCCACUCAAUAUAGUAAAAUAAUAAGGUUCACCAUUCAAGACACCAAGUUCAUUUCACAGUGGCAAGCCUGUGUGCAUUUAGGAAUUAAUGGUUGGUUACCACGUUUGCUCAAGAAUUACAUUGCUUGUCAAUUCAAUUAAGCAAUAAUCUGUAUCUAGCUUUAUGAGUUAUUGGUUUUACUCGUCUUUGUAUUUAGUUUUGGAUUAAAGUGAAAAUUGUAUGAUUUGUUAAUGAUACCCACUAAAGAGAGUAUAGUCUUCACUUUUAUUUUUUAUUUAACUUUUAUUUAACUUGGCAAGUCAGUUAAGAACAAAUUCUUAUUUGCAAUGACUGCCUACCCCGGCCUAACCCGGACGACGCUGGGCCAAUUGUGCGCCGCCCUAUGGAACUCCCAAUCAAAAAUAAAAGUGAAGACUAUACUCUCUUUAGUGGGUAUCAUCAUGUUCUGUUUUUGCAUUUAAUUCGAUUUUAAUAGAAAUAAAUUGCACAUUGUUAAAGGG